UCAGCCUCAGACCGGGCCGCUGGGUCACAUGAUGGAUGUACGCUGGUUAGCAUAGCGAGCUAACACGCUAGCCUCGGUGGUCAGAGCCGCUGUCAACACGAACCACAGCCGGAGACCGAGUCGCCCUCAGCGGAUCCACAACCACCUGGAAACUCCGGGCAUAGUGGAAAGAGAGUUGUCUUCUCUUUUUCUCCUCGCACUCUUCAAGAUAUCAAGUCAUUAAACUCCAGCCCAGUGACUCACGGUGGUUUUUCGGCGUCCGGGCUCCAGCAAGUCGGCGGUGGGGGGGGGUGGACAUUGACAGACUGAGGCUGGGGACUCGCGUGGGAAAGAGGCAUUGGCGGUAAACAAGACAUCGACUUCAGAGGUGCACGUUGGUUUCGUAAUGACAAGCUGUUGUGCAGAAGAUGUCCACGCUGUCUGUGACUGAUAUCCCAGAUGUUGGUCAUGAUGAGAGUACGGUGUUUGAAGGGGCCUCUGAGCUGCAGCUGGACUGCAUGGUUGAGGAGAGCAGCGGAGGCGCCACAGUGAAGCGCGGCGGCCUGCUGUCGCUCGCUGACCUCUCCCAGCCCGAUGACUUCCAUGCCCCCCCUCACAACGGCCCUUCACUGACCAAGAUGAGCAGCCCCCUGGCGGUGGAGACGGGCAACAUCAAGCUGGACCCGGCUGCCGGGGACACGUCCGGCAGCAGCAUAGAUGGUCAGCCGGUGAAGAGGAAGAAGGGGCCGGCUCCGAAGAUGUUGGGCAAUGAGGUGUGCAGCGUCUGCGGUGACAAGGCCUCGGGUUUCCAUUACAACGUGUUGAGCUGUGAAGGCUGCAAGGGCUUCUUCCGACGCAGCGUCAUCAAGAGCGCCCAGUACUCCUGCAAGAACAACGGCCGCUGCGAGAUGGACAUGUACAUGCGCCGCAAGUGCCAGCAGUGUCGCCUGCGCAAGUGUCGGGAGGCCGGCAUGCUGGAGCAGUGUGUCCUCUCUGAGGAGCAAAUCAGACUAAAGAAGAUGAAGAAGCAGCACGACGAGGACGCCGCCCGCCCGUCCACCGUGGUCACGCCCACGCCUCCGCAGGAAGUGGUCACGCUGGAUCCUCAGCAGCUGGAGAUGAUCGAGAAGCUGGUGACCAUGCAGAAGCAAUGCAACAAGAGGUCUUUCCUCGAACGACCAAAAGUCACGCCGUGGCCUCAGAGUCAGGACUUGCAGAACCGAGAAGUGCGUCAGCAGCGGUUCGCCCACUUCACCGAGCUCGCCAUCAUGUCAGUGCAGGAGAUCGUGGACUUUGCGAAGCAGCUCCCUGGUUUCCUGGAGCUCACGAGGGAGGAUCAGAUCGCUCUGCUGAAGACGUCCACCAUCGAGAUCAUGCUGCUGGAGACGUCACGCCGGUACAACCCUACUAUCGACAGCAUCACGUUUCUGAAGGACUUCAGUUAUAAUAAGGAUGAUUUCGCAAAAGCAGGGCUUCAGCUGGAGUUCAUUAACCCCAUCUUUGAGUUUUCAAAAGGAAUGAAUGACCUGCACCUGGACGAGGCCGAGUACGCCCUGCUCAUCGCUAUCAACAUCUUCUCUGCAGAUCGACCAAAUGUGCAGGAUCAUGAUUUGGUGGAGCGGCUGCAGCAGCCCUACGUGGACGCACUGCGCUCUUACAUCAUGAUCAAGAGACCGCAUGAUCACUUGAUGUUCCCCCGCAUGCUGAUGAAGCUGGUGAGCCUCCGCACGCUGAGCAGCGUCCACUCGGAGCAGGUCUUUGCCCUUCGCCUCCAGGACAAGAAGCUUCCUCCGCUGCUCUCGGAAAUCUGGGACGUCAACGAGUGACUGCGAACCUGGUGUCGCACUCCUGUGGCUUUAAAAGUCCGAGACUGACACGGCAUCCAGCCGGGACCCGGACCUCUUCCCGCACGGACCGGUUUAAGGCGUGGAGAUUUCAUUUGUCUCGUGGCAGGAGAGCAUCAUUGACUGCUGAACGGAUUUGUGUUCAUGAGAAGAAACCUGGACACUUAGUUUUACUUUGAGCCUUUUGUUGUUCUUCCUCUUGUGUAGAUGCUGACAUGAUUGUGGCAAUAUUGAACACCAGCACCAGGCUCCGAAGCCGUUUAUCUGAUUUAAUAUUUGUUGAAAGUCUCUCUAGUGCAGUUCUGUACUCAUCCUCUAACAAUCAUCAGAAGGUUUGGAUCAGGUUUGAGCUGAUUUCCGUUUUACAGCUGAAGAUUUGGUCUAAAAAAACAGGGAUUUGCAGUCGUGCAACAGGUGGAAACGGAUACAGAGUUGAGCUCCGGCAGAUUCAUGUCUGAUAUUCACGUUAUUGAUGUUGGGGUGAAGCAGUGAGUCAUCUGGACGGUAUUGUGCAUCGUGAUAUUGCAGCAAAUAGUUUGUUCUCUUUGAUGUCAGUUCAGAAAUCAGGCGUUUGUUGUAGUCGCUCAGGUAAAGUAAUGUGAAGUACACCUCUGGGAAUCGGGGGAGGGGGCGGGGGCUUCUGUAAUUUCUAAUAGAGGACUUGAUCUUUCUUCCAAGUGCAUAAGGGACCCUUUUGGUCAUUUCUAGAUGUCCAUCAAACGUUCAUGUAAAUUGUAUAUUUAUUUUCACAGGACAAAAGUGUUGUAGUUGAGUGCACACAGGGGAAGUUUCCACGAGAUUGUACAAUCACAAACCAACGCACAAGAAAGUCAAACUGCAGGUGACAGAGAGGCCGUGCCCUCGUCGACAGGAAAUGGUGAAGUGACACAUUUUCUUUAUUUUCAACACAGCGCACUGGUACCUGGAAAUAGACGAGUGUCUCCAAAUUCCGUGUAAAGAUGAAGAGUUGGUUUAAAAAAAGAAAGUGAAUCUCCGACAAGUUUAAAACCCCUGCUCCCACAAAGUUUAUGUUCAUGAAUCAAUAUAGAAAGAACCUCUAUUAACAACUUAUUCAUCAUGAUGUUUAUGUUAGAAGUUUCUUUUAUUCAUUUCAUAAUUAAACCGUACAAUCAUUUUCAGAUUUCGAUCUGGGCUAAUCAUCCUGAGCGACACAGUUUCGAACAGGAUACAUAGAAAUUAGCUGCCUUUUGAUUUUGGUAAUAUACGAAUAAUACUGAGAAAACCCUCUGUGACUGAAUACACAUUAGAAAAACAAGAGUAUCGUCCUGGAACUGCUACUCGACACAAACAGCUUUAACUGGUCAGACUUUUUCAAAGCCUUCUUUAAAAGAAAAAUCGACGUGGAGCAGAGGACAUCAGGAAAUGAAUAGAAACAUUUUUAAAUGUCCUAACUGCAAAGAUCUAGAUGUUUAUAUCCAUUCUGUGAUUUUCAUGCAUUUCUCCUGUGCAGUGCAAACUUGAAAUGCUGCGUUAACAGCCGAUAGAGGAAUUUUAAUGUAAAUACGUAGCUGUAUUGUUUAUUCUGGCUUUAAAAAAAGAGACUGGACGAGACGGUGCUACUGCAGCGUGUUUUUUGUGUCUGUGUGGAGCUAAGUAUCAACGUUAGACCUUCACAACCGCAGGAGUUAAAACAUUUUCAACCAUUAAUAUGAGCUGCCGGUCAAAAUCAUAGCCUUUACAUCAGUGUUGAGCUUUUUUUAAUCAUGUUUCUUUUGGCUUUCGUUGAAUAAAUUCACUUUUAACAGCUAAAAUGGAAAGAUGAUUCUUCACAUUAGCAGAUAAAACCAAACUGUCAUUAUAAAGUAGGUGAAAGCCGUGUGGUUACAGGCGCAUCAGGCAGGAUGAGGUUUAAUUUGAUCUGAAUUGGUCUCGUAAAGCACUUGAGUAACAGAUGAAUUGAAUUGCAGACUUGGGUCUUUUUUUUUUUCUUUCUAUUCGUAUGUAAAGUAACAACAUGUCUGUUUUCAUCGUGUUUGUUUCAGUUAAAAACCUCCUAAAUGGUCAAAUCAUUCUUUAAAUCCUUCUUUUCUCACAGCAGAUGUUUGGGCACGCUUGCAGUAGUAGAAACACUUGUGUUGCUUCUUGCAUUAACAAUGACAUCAUCAACUUUCUACUGUGACUUGUUAUAAAUGUCUUGUCUGAAAAGGAUUCUACUGUUUCAUGUCCCUCCCCGUUGCACAGGAGAGGAGUGUGUGUGUGUUUGUGUGUCUUUGAAACCCAGUCUGAAGAGAUCAAUGGAUAACCACAGGAUUCACUGAUCCAUUCGUAUCCUGGAAAAUAACAUAGACCUCUGUGUAAACUGCCAUUCAAUCCAUCUGUGAUAUAUAUACAGUCGAUUAUUUUCAUUUGAUUGAUUAAAUAACAAAAUUGCCAAUGGAGCAGCAUGUGAAUGGGGGGAAACAACCUUCCUUGUUGGUUUGAUUGAAUUCAAACGUGCAUUGUUUUAACAGUGGGAUGAUUUUCAAGCUGCAGAGUCGUCACAGUUAAAUCAGCUUUAGUUCAUAGAGGUGGACUCCAGACAUCUAGAGCUCCAUGCCCAUGUGCUGCUCUGUUCAUCUGACAUCACAAACUUUGUCCCUAAACUUAAUUUCACUCUAACACACGGUGACCUGGCAAAAUAUGACCAUGUAUUGUAUGAAGCCUUCUGCCUUCCCCCUCAAAAACCUGGUUUUGUUUUUUAUUAAUAGCCAAAAAAUGGGAACACAUUUGUUUGUAAUUGAUUUUCUGACACCCCCCUCUCUAACAUUAGUAUUAAUGUUCUUGGAUUUGUUUUGACAGAUGGAUCGAUAAUUAAACAAAGCAGAUUAUAAGUGAUUUGUUUCAGUUCUGCAAAACUUAACUUUGGGUUUCAGUGAAAUGUAAAGUUUGCCUUUUUGGUUUCUGGGUUUGCUGUUUGAGGCCAAAUACUUCAAACCACUGAAUUUAAAAGGAGCCUUUGCAAGUUUUCCACCUUGUUCUAAUGACCCACAGGUCAACGGACACAAAUGCUCUUGUGUUGUACUCGAAUCAAACGAGCAGAAAGCUGUUAGCUCUGAAAUCUUUGUUUCUCGGUGUACAUGUUAUGUUAAUGAUGUAGGUAUCAGUUAAUUUUGCUGUAUAUACUGUAAGUGACAUCUGAUCUCAUUUAAUUCCUGUCCUCAAAGGGUGACACUAAACAAUAUUGAUAUAUAGAAAUGCAAACCUAUUUUAAUACUUGUAACUCCUGAAGACCUUCUGUUUUGUAUGUACAGUAUAAAUUAAAGCUAUGCUGUAGUGCU